GUUUUCCUCUCGGGAAUCACCACCUUGGGGACCACCAUCCGUCCCCUUUUUCAACUUUUUCUGUCCAAGACGAGCCCGCAUUGACAAACCACCACAAUGAAGUUCCGCGAUGGCAUGUGGCAGCUGAGGGAUGGGGUCUCUGUCGACUAUGCGGAAGAAGUCCACCAGAUCAAGCAGACGGAGCGGGGCAUACGGCUCCUCUGCCCGACGUGCAAGAUCAUGAACCGGGGCGACACGCUCAACAGGAGCAUCCUGACCAUAGACAUCGAGGCUGAGUUCGACGGCGUCCUGUCGGUCGAGACGACGCACUGGUCCGGCGCGGCGAACCGGGGCCCGCACUUUGAGCUGUACCCGGAAGGCAGGCCGGCCGCCGUGGAGGCACAGGUGACGCGCGGCGACAAGGGCACGACGGUCAGCUCGGGCUCGCUGUCGGCCACGGUGCACGGUGGGCCACACGCCUUCGACGUACGGUUCCACGGCACGGGCGACCACGGCGCCUCGUCGCUCCUGACGUCGCUGCUGGACCGGAGCGUGGGGCUGGCGUACACUCCGGCGCCCAACAACAUGACGCAGCUCGAGGACAUGACGAAAUUCCAGCACCACGUCUUCACGCAGACGACGCUGUCGGUGGGCGAGUCGGUGCACGGGCUGGGCGAGCGGUUCGGGGCCUUCAACAAGGUCGGGCAGGCGGUGCGCAUGUGGAACUCGGACGGCGGCACGUCGAGCGAGCUGGCGUACAAGAACGUGACCUUUUGGCUCAGCUCGCGCGGCUACGGCGUCUUUGUCGACUCGCCCGACGAGGUCGAGUUCGAGGUCGGGAGCGAGCGGUGCUGCCGCGUGCAGACGAGCGUCGAGGCCCAGCGGCUAAAGUGGUACCUAAUCCGGGGGCCCACGCCAAAGGAGGUGCUGGCGCGCUACGCCGUGCUCACGGGCCGGGCGGCCUCGGUGCCCGCCUGGAGCUACGGGCUCUGGCUGAGCACGAGCUUCACGACCGACUACGACGAGGGGACGGUGCGGUCGUUCCUCGAGGGCAUGCGCGAGCGCGGCGUGGCCGUCGACGUGUUCCACUACGACUGCUUCUGGAUGAAGGAGUUCACGUGGACCGACUUCGUCUUCGACGCCGACAAGUUCCCGGACCCCGAGGCGUCCAUCGCGCGGCUCAAGGAGUCGGGCCUGGUGCGCAAGGUCUGCGUCUGGAUCAACCCCUACAUCGCCGAGCACGGCGCCGCCUUCAAGGAGGCGGCCGAGAAGGGGUACCUGCUCAAGCGCAGCAACGGCGACGUGUGGCAGUGGGACCUGUGGCAGGCCGGCAUGGGGCUCGUCGACUUUACCAACCCCGAGGCCUGCCGCUGGUACGCGUCGUGCCUCGACGGCCUGAUAGACAAGGGCGUAGACGCGCUCAAGACGGACUUUGGCGAGCGCAUCCCCUGGCGCGACGUCAAGUGGCACGACGAGUCGGUCGACCCGCGGCGCAUGCACAACUACUACGCCUACCUGUACAACAAGGUCGUGUACGAGGCGCUCGAGGCGCGACGGGGCAAGGGGCAGGCCGUGCUGUUCGCGCGGUCGGCCUGCGCGGGCACGCAGCGGUUCCCGCUGACCUGGGGCGGCGACUGCGAAUCGACGGCCGAGGGCAUGGCCGAAUCGGUGCGCGGGGGGCUGUCGCUGGGUCUGUGCGGCUACGGCUUCUGGUCCGUCGACAUCGGCGGCUUCGAGGGCUCACCGCCGCCGUGGAUCUACAAGCGCUGGGUGGCCUUUGGCCUGCUCUGCAGCCACAGCCGCCUGCACGGGUCCGGGUCCUAUCGCGUCCCCUGGACCAUCGAUGCCGACGACCGCACCGCGUCGGGCGCCUCGGCCACGCUGGCGCGCUGGACCGCGCUCAAGAGCCGCCUCGUGCCCUACCUGCUGGCGCAGGCGCGCGAGGCCUCGGCCGGAGGGCUGCCGCUGUCGCUGCGGGCCGCCCUGGUCGAGUUCCCCGCCGACCCGACGGCCUGGUACCUGGACCGGCAGUUCCUGGUGGGCUCGCGCCUAAUGGUGGCGCCCGUCUUCGGCGAGGACGGCGAGGUGCUCUUCUACCUGCCGCGCGGCCGCUGGACCUGCUUCUUCACGGGCCGCACGCGCGACGGGCCCGGCUGGUUCCGCGAGCGGCACGGCUUCGGCACGCUGCCGCUCUAUGUGCGCCCGGGCACCGUGCUCGUCCUGGGAGAAGGAGUAGGCGGCGGCGGCGUCGUGAGGGGUGCCGUGUACGACUACGCCCAGGACGCCGAGGUGCGGCUCUACGAGGUCAAGGCUGGCGAUGGCGCCGACGUCGUGGACGCGGACGGGGCGGUGAUCGGGAGAGUCGUGGUCGGCGAGGAUGGCAAGACGGUGACGGGGACGGAGCUCUUCAAGGGCAGCUUCAUCGUCCGGGGGCCUGGCUUUGCUGACGAGACUGUUGAGUCCGCCGGGAUCGAGACUCUGGAGGAUCAAGUAUCUUGA